GGCAUAGGAUACAUAUUUCAUCGGCUUUUGUUUCAUAGUUAAAAUUUCUAUACGUGUAUAAAACAAAAUAAAUAACGAAAUAAAGAACAAAAUGGGAUAUGAUGAUCGAGAACGUGAGCGCGAUCGGCGUCGCAAUCGGUCCCGUUCUCGCGACCGUCAUCGUGAGCGCUCCCGGGAUCGUCGUCAUCAUCGGAACUCACGUCGCAAGCCCUCGCUCUAUUGGGAUGUGCCACCGCCUGGGUUCGAGCACAUAACACCGAUGCAGUAUAAAGCAAUGCAAGCAUCAGGCCAAAUACCGGCUAGCGUAGUACCCGAUACACCGCAGACUGCGGUACCUGUUGUGGGUUCUACAAUUACGCGACAAGCACGCCGCCUCUACGUUGGCAACAUUCCGUUUGGCGUCACCGAGGAGGAAAUGAUGGAAUUUUUUAAUCAGCAAAUGCAUUUAGUUGGCCUAGCACAGGCCGCUGGCAGUCCCGUGCUUGCCUGCCAGAUAAAUUUGGACAAGAACUUUGCGUUCCUUGAGUUUCGCUCCAUAGAUGAAACCACCCAAGCAAUGGCCUUCGAUGGCAUCAAUUUGAAAGGACAAGAUCUUAAAAUACGAAGGCCACAUGAUUAUCAGCCAAUGCCGGGCAUCACAGAUACGCCCGCUGUAAAACCAGCUGUUGUUUCCAGCGGCGUCAUCUCGACAGUGGUGCCUGAUUCGCCACACAAAAUAUUUAUAGGCGGCCUGCCCAAUUAUCUAAAUGAUGAGCAGGUGAAGGAGCUGUUGUUGUCCUUUGGCAAGCUACGCGCUUUUAAUUUGGUCAAAGACGCUGCUACUGGCUUAAGCAAAGGCUAUGCAUUUUGCGAAUAUGUUGAUCUUGGCAUUACCGAUCAGUCAAUUGCUGGCUUGAAUGGCAUGCAGUUGGGCGAUAAGAAACUGAUUGUGCAGCGUGCCAGCGUUGGAGCCAAGAAUGCUCAGAAUGCGGCCAAUACCAGUCAAUCUGUAAUGCUGCAAGUGCCGGGAUUAUCGAAUGUGGUUACUUCUGGACCGCCCACUGAGGUGUUGUGCCUGCUCAACAUGGUGACGCCCGAUGAGCUGCGCGACGAGGAGGAGUAUGAGGAUAUAUUGGAGGACAUUAAGGAGGAGUGCACGAAAUAUGGCGUUGUCCGUAGCGUGGAAAUACCGCGGCCCAUUGAGGGUGUUGAGGUUCCUGGCUGCGGUAAGGUGUUUGUUGAAUUCAACUCAGUGCUGGAUUGCCAGAAGGCGCAACAGGCGUUAACUGGACGCAAGUUUAGCGAUCGUGUUGUGGUCACUUCGUACUUUGAUCCAGAUAAAUACCAUAGACGCGAAUUUUAGAUCAAA